AUGAAUGAAGGAUACUUAAAUCACUUCUUAGCAGAAGAUUUCAGAUAGGCGAAGCGAAUGCUUUUAGCGAGUAUAAUAUUUUUAAGUGAUUCAAUGGAUUUUCUCUUAGUUUUAGCAACUUAAUUUUAGCAAACUGUUUGGGAUUUAGGCACACAACACAUCUAUAAUCUUAAUGAUAUUGGAUAGUUUGACUUAAUAGAAAAUUUAUUAUGA